GACGCACGCGGGCGCGCGAGGCCGGAAGCGACGCAGGCGGCUGCCAGGCGGUGGAAGCGCACCCGCUGAGGCGAUUCUCUCUCUCUCCCCGUCUUUUCUCAGCCCGGCUUUGCUCCGCCGCCGUCCCCGCUCCCCAAGCCAUGUCGGCGCCCGGAGGAGCCGGCGGAGAAUUCGGCAACCCGCUGCGAAAGUUCAAGCUGGUUUUCCUCGGCGAGCAAAGCGUUGGAAAGACCUCCUUAAUCACUAGAUUUAUGUAUGACAGUUUUGACAACACUUAUCAGGCCACCAUUGGAAUUGAUUUCCUUUCAAAGACUAUGUAUUUAGAAGACCGCACGGUCCGACUUCAGCUUUGGGACACAGCAGGCCAGGAACGGUUCCGUAGCCUCAUUCCCAGCUACAUACGUGACUCAACUAUUGCAGUGGUAGUCUAUGACAUUACAAAUCUGAAUUCCUUCCAGCAAACCUCCAAAUGGAUCGACGAUGUGCGAACAGAAAGAGGAAGUGAUGUCAUCAUUAUGCUGGUGGGCAAUAAAACUGACCUUGCAGAUAAAAGGCAGAUUACUACAGAAGAAGGUGAACAGAGAGCCAAAGAACUAAGCGUGAUGUUCAUUGAGACUAGUGCGAAGACGGGCUACAACGUGAAGCAGCUUUUCCGCCGUGUUGCUGCUGCGUUACCUGGGAUGGACAACGCUCCCGAGAAAAGCAAAGAUGACAUGAUUGACAUCAAAUUAGAGAAACCUCCUGAGCAGCCUGUGACGGAGAAUGGCUGUUCUUGUUAAAUGUUCUCCAGCGUGGCAGCCCCCCUUCCCAGUUAGCCAGUUCAGUCUCUCACUGAAGAGCUCCACUUCUUACUGACUACCAAAACACGACUUUUCCGAGGGCCCGAGAAGGCCGCUAAUAGGCGAUUGGAGUCAUCCCGCCUCCUCCUCCUCCCCCCACCCCUCCUCCCGCGUCGUGUGGGCAGCCCCAGUCGCUCCCGUUUACUGCAUGGUGUGAACCCUCCAAUGCCUCUUGCCCUUCGUUGGUUGUUGCACUUUGGUGCUGCUGUGGCACUCUUUUUUUUUUUUUUUGCUAGGUUUCCUUGCCGGGUUGUCCUAUGAAUGUGCAAGGGAGGAACUUUGUCCAUCUUUUAAAAAAAACAAAAAAAACAAUAUUGAUAAACUUACCAUAAAGGAACUAAGGCAUUCUUCCUUUCUCCACCUCCCUCCUUUUUUCAAAACAAAAACAAAACCCUUUCUACCGCUGCUUUUUAUUCAUUUGCACAUUUGGGUAAGUCUUCAUUGGUAGCAAGAAGAAACCUGUCCUGUUUUUCUUUCCUCACGGAUGGUGCUAAGGCAGAAAGGAACACCUCAGAGAGGAUUGACAUACGUUCUCUCUCUCUCUUCCUAGAUUAUCUUCAGUAUCUUUUAUCCCAGGUGGACUGAUUUUAUUUCUCCUCUCUCCCCCCACCCCACCCCGGCAUGGUCUAUUGCUGGAUAUGUACAGAGAUGGUAGGCAGAAAUGGACCGUUUGGGGAAGGGUUCUGAGUCCUUAUGUGGGAAACCUGGUUCCUGCAUAGUGCUGAGUUGGGAGUUUCCAAAAUGGAGGACGCAUAUUCUCCAGCAGUUUAUUCCACCCUGCUCUCUCCUCUUGAUAACUCUCCAAAAAAAAA